AUCAAGCUAUUUGUGACAGGCUCGAGUAUAAAGCUAUCAGCAAUGAUGGAUGGAUUCCGCUGUUUAAUAUCAUUAAACAUUUCUCAAGAUCAUCAUCAAAUUAUUCAAACCAAUUGACAGCAAUCACCAAUUUAAGAAAUGGUGAGAUACCUGCAGUACUUUAUUUCACUGGUAGUUGUGAUUAAGCUAGCCACGGGCCAGCUUAUAUCAGCUGCAGCAACACAAUCGACUGGAUGGAACUCUACAUUCGAGCUCAGCCCCGAACAGACCAAACUAGCUAACCUUACCGGCGACAUGGAAAUUAUCAUCAAUACCAUCGUCCAGUUUGACCGGUCUCAGCUCGCAAACGGUGGUGCGCACGAGGAUGACUUUUACAAUAUCCAGAACCUCCCCAAAGACGAAUGGCCCACAGAGCCUGGGGAAGCAAUCAAGGUUCAAAAGUUUACCGACCCGUCGCCAUUCUCCAUUCCCGCAAAAACAGCUAUGUCACGCAUUAUCUACAGCACGACCGACAUAAACGGUACUCUGGUUCCUGCUUCCGCCUACAUCCUGUGGCCUUACCACGCUAGGGCCAUUCGAGGGAGAAACAAAGCCUCUGGGUCAUCUGCUCCUGUUGUCCUAUGGACGCAUGGUACCUCCGGCUGGUACGCCAAUGGAGCUCCCUCCACGCAUCGUGGACUGUUCUACGCAGAGAUCGUGCCAUUCGCGCUAGCCGAGGCCGGAUAUACGGUCAUUGCUCCUGACUAUGCCGGUCUUGGCGUGGACUCGUCUUGGGACGGAACUCACGUCCCACACCAGUAUUUUGUUCGCGAGGCUGGUGCUCACGACGCAUUGAACGCUUUGAGAGCAGCCCGCACGUCCUUUUCGAAGCGUCUCUCCACCGACUAUGUCGUCAUGGGCCACAGCCAGGGUGGCGCAGUUGCUUGGGGUCUUGCUGAAAUUCUUGCUCGGAAUGAUACCAAGUUCGAGGACGUUGCGAAGGGCUACCUCGGUUCUGUGUUUGCUGCGCCACCGGCGGACGCAUUGGGAUCCGCGUUUUCGGGCUUCCUCGCCUGGAUCGCCAAAGAUCUGGACCAGAUCUAUCCCUCUUUCAACCUCAGCGACUGGUUCACUCCGUUGGGCAUCAACAGGAUCAAGCUCCUGAACCAGGUCGAAGGAUCCCAGAUGGUCACAUUUGCCAUGUUUGGCCCUGACGAGCUGCUCCUAAAGCCUGAUUGGCAUGAAACAUCAUAUGCGAAAGACUUCGAAAAGCUAGCCAACCCUGGACACAUGCCUUUUAAGGGUCCGGUUCUCCUGGUUCACGGAACAGGUGACACGACGGUGCCGUUCAAUACGACCACGACUAUCGCGAAACAGACUUGCAAGGAGUAUCCAGGUGAUCUAGAGAUUUUGGUUGUCCCGGAAGGAAGUCAUUUCUCUGCCAUGAGCGCGGCGCAGCAAACCUGGUUGCGGUGGAUCGAAGAUCGAUUUGAGCACCGGCCUGUGGCAAAGCAUGGCUGUGUUUGA